AUGAAGAUCCUUUUUGUGUGCCUCGGGAACAUAUGCCGCUCCCCCAUGGCGCAUGGGGUCAUGCAGCAUCUAGUGAGGAAGGCGGGCCUGUCUAGCCAGGUACAGGUGGACUCCUGUGGCAUGUUCGGGCAUCCUGAAGACACCUCCACGGAAUACGGCACACAGAAAGCCAUAGCUGACAAUCUCGGCAUCUCCUUUUCAAAGAAGUCUAGGCACUGGCGCAAGUCGGACUAUGACGACUUUGACCUCAUCCUCGCCAUGGACAAAAGCAACUUUCAAGACAUAAUGCGGGAAGUGGGGAGGCGCGACCAGUCCAAGGUUCGGAUGUUCCGGGACUAUGACCCGGAGGGAAGGGGAGAUGUCCCCGACCCAUACUACUGCGGCCGCUUUGAGUUGGUUUACUCCAUGGUCGAGCGAACCUGCCGCAGCAUCCUCAACCAUAUCGAGAGCGGAAAGCCUUUGUGA